AUGUCUACUACAUCGGCAUAUACACCACCACUGCAAGAUAAUAUGAAUAAAAGACAUUCUAGAAGUCGAACUCGUGAUAAUUUAAAAAGGCGAAGAUACGACAAAAGUCGAAGCGAGCGCACAAGCCAUAUUAAAAAACAAAAUAGUAGCCGUAGCCGAUUGCGUUACUAUAAGUCGACGGAUUCCAGUACUGAUUCGCGGGAUGAGCAUUAUAGUAAAACAAAACAGCAUAAACGUCAAUCUCGCCAGUACCGCAGAAGUUGUAUAGAAUCUUCCAGCACGACAAAUUCUACUAGUAAUAUUGAUUCAGACAGCCAUAAUAAUAAAAGUAAUUUAAGAUCAAGACGUCGGCGUCGUUAUAGGCGUACGAGUAGCUCGUCUUCAAAUAGUACAUUGUCAUACAAAAGAAGUACUCGAAAUUAUUUAAAAGAUCACGGAGACAAAAGGAAUACAGAAACACCGAGAAAGCGAUAUCGAUCGAGAUCUAGAUCUCUUUAUAACAAUACAUUUUUUAGAAAAUUCGCUAGACUUAUCGACAACAAUAAACGUAACACGUUUGAAGGUGCUCACAAUGUGAUACCGGAAUUCGAUCCGGACGCAAACUCUCAAACGGCUGCAGAUUGGAUUCGCAAAGUAAAUGAAACUGCAAAUAUUUAUGAGUGGAAUGAAAAACAAAUUAUUUACUACGCUAUCCCUAAGCUUUGCGGCUACGCUCGGAAAUGGUAUCAGGGACAAAGUACAUUAGACUUGAGCUGGCGUCAAUGGCAACGUAAGAUUAUAAAAACUUUUCCUGAUGACAGAAAUUAUGCGGAUCGAUUGUAUGAAAUGCUUGAACGAAAGAGUAAGCGGGAAGAAUCUUUAGAAGAAUAUUUCCAUGAUAAAAUGAGACUCGUAAAAAUGUGUGGCAUAAACGGUAGGAACGCUGUAGACUGUAUAGUUCACGGUGUAUUCGAUAGUAACAUAAGACUAAAUGCCCAGGGAUCUAGCUUUAGGAAACCUUCGCAGUUACUCAGAUAUUUGAGACGUAUAUCAAAGAAAACUGCAGGGAAUAUAAGAAAAAUACUACCAGAAAAUAAAUAUACUGUACAAAAUAACAAAGAGAGUAAUAUAUAUAGACCAAGUGCAUCUAAUAGGCCAACUAGCUUUGUUUCCAGAAACCGACUUAAAUUAGUACGUUGUUACAAUUGUUCUGAUGUCGGACACACGGCUCAAAGUUGCUCAAAACCAAUUAAAAGGUGUGACAAGUGUUCUCGUCUAGGACAUGAAAGUCACGAAUGUCAACAAGAAAAUAGAAAUCAGGCAAAUAAUGCUAAAUAUUCACCGGAACUUAAGAACGAUGUGAAAAAGGUAUUACAAAUAACUAAAGACGAUAAAGUAAAUAAAAAGUACUUUAAAACUAUUAAAUUAAAUGACACCUUGAGAUCAGCGUAUGUUGAUUUCGGAAGUCAAUGUACCCUUAUAAAAGAGAAAAUAGCUUCUGAAAGCAGUUUGAUACUUGACAAGAGUGGUCUCCCGGUAAUUAGAGGAUUUGCCCUAGGUUGCGUCUUACCUUUCGGAAGGGUUCAGGUAUCUAUUGAAAUAGAUGCUGUGAAAGCUAAUGUAGAUGCAUAUGUAGUCCCUGAUUAUUUAUUAAAUACGGAUGUUCUUAUUGGUCAGUCACUUACGGAACUACCGACAGUAACUGCACUUAAAACUAGUUCUAAAUUAACCUUAUAUUGUGAUGAUUCCAAAACGGAUCGUAUUAAUCUGUAUAAUUCAAAGGACCUGGGUGACCGAGCUUAG